AUGAAAAAUUUCAAAACUAAUUUUGAUAUUAUCGACGAUGCCAAUGAUACACUCGAAUUUUCAAACCAAAUAUUAAAUCAAUAUUUCGAAUGUAGUCGUUUGAAUACAUUUAACAAUUACAGUGAAUCAGUUAUUGACGAUGAAUCCUUUCACAAUUAUUUUAACGAUAACCAGAUACUACAAACUAAUGAAGGGACUGUUUCACAAAUCGUACGUGAUAUAUCAGCGACAACAAAUGACCAACAAGUACAAGCAUCAGAAACAUCCAAUAAAAGACACGUACCUCGUUCCGAAUCAUCUACAGAUAUGGACACAAAAAAAAUGAAAACGACUGAUAAGGAUGCCAAUUAUGAUACAAAAUUCAUCGUUGAAACACAUACAAUACCAUCAUGUCUUUUAUUAGCAAACAAACAUUUUAUUGCAAUGGCAAAAAAUAUAGCAAAAAUAAAUAAAUGUAUCAAUGUUCUUGAUAUUCACGACCUGGCGAUGUUAUUCUAUAAAAAAGCUUCUCUUCAUAUCGAUCGAGAUAUUACCAAAGCAUAUUUUCAUUCUGUUCAAGGCACAUUAAAAGAACCCGAUAUUGAAUCAUGUGAAGUGAAACGGUCUGUAUGGCCUCCACAAGUACAGUCAUUCAUGUCUACUAAACAGCAAGCAAUGAAAGAAACACCCAUGCCAAUUUCUACCGAAACGACAAUGGCAACAACAUCUACUUGGGACAUAGACGAUCCACAACAAAGUCUUAACUGUAGUGAUUUACUUCUGGAACAGAUACAAAAAAUGAAAGAACAGAUCGAUAUUUAUCAAGAACAAAUCGACCCAGGACAAUGA